GGCAGGGGGCGCCGUGGGGCAGGCAGCGCCGCCGCGCCCGGCCCCGCGCUUGCCGCGCCGCGCCGCGCCGCUCGGAGGCGGAGGAAAUGAAGCCCAGUUCCGCCGAGGCGGGAGCCAUUACCCGCCGCCGCCGGAGCUGAGCCCCGCGCCGGCCCCGCCGCCCCCGCCGCCCGCCCCGGCCGCCGCGGCCGCCCCCGCACAGGUGCUCUCGAGCCGGGGCGAGGGGAUGAGGUGCCCCCCAGCCGCGUGGUGUGCCGAAGCGGCUCUUUAGAUCCUCCCCGGCCCAAGCCUCCCCUGCCAUGGAUGCCUCGGGGGCUCUCGCUUCGGCUCCCUCCUCCGCGGCUCCCUCGGGCUCCCGCAGCCCCAUGUUCCCCCCAGGAGCCGACAGAGAGGAGUGGGGACCGAGGUUCAAUUGUGCCCCUUCCACCUCUGCCGCAGCCUCGCAGGCGAUGCCAGCAUCUGGCCGGAAGAGGAAGGCCAACUUCUCCAAUGACGAGACCGAGACGCUGGUCUGGAAUGUGGUGCGGCAUUUCAGCGCCCUGUACGGGUCGGAGGCCCUGCGGGCUCACCCCGUGCGCCGGAAGCAGCUCUGGACCCAGAUCCAAAGCCGCGUCAACUUCCUGGGCUACACCGAGCGCUCCAUCGACGACCUCAAGCACAAGUGGCGUGACUUGCGGUUGGACGUCAAGAAAAAGAUCACCUCCAAGAAGCACCUGCCUAUGAACCGUGCUGGCGGGCCGCUCCACAAGCCGCGCCUCACGCCCCUGGAGAAGAUGGUGGCUUCCACCUUCUUGCAGGCCAGCCACGACUCGGAGCCCGAAAUCAUCUUGGACCCAGAUCUGUUCUUCCCCGGGGCCACCAAGCAGUCCUUCAUGCACCUGCAGCCCGGCGUGAGCCACCCCAGCAUCUACAUCGACACCAACGGGCAGCCGUCGUCCUUGCCCGACAUGGAGGGCUCCGCCGUGCCCCGGCUGGCGGUGCAGAGCCCGGACCCCUCGGUGAUCUGCGAAUACAGCCGGGGCGAAGGACAGAGCAGCUCGGGGGCGUCCGAGGGGGACAUCCGAGUGUCAGGGAGGGAUAAAGGGCUCGCACAGAGCAGACGCGGCGGCCGCCAAGGCUCACGGGAGGGCGCCUCUUCUCUUCCAGCCGAGUCGGGACCAGAGCUGCGGACUCCGGACGUGUCGGCCAUUUCCCCGUCCCUGCGAAACGAGUCCCUGGUCUCCUACGCCUCCAUGUCGGAGGAGGAGGAGCGGGAAGGCCGGGAGGUGGACAGGGGCCACGGUGGGGCCGCGGGGCUGCAGGCCGGGCCGGAGGCCCCGCUCUCCGCGGAGGAGGACAUGAAACUGUCCCGGCAGGCCAUGCUGAUCCGCCGGUGCAGCUCGCAGGGCUCCGUGACGUCCCUGCCCGAGGACCCGCUCAACCCCGGGGACGCGCACUCGGACUGGGGCCACGAGGCGGGGGCCGACCUGCCCGCCCUGGGCCGCGGCCUCGACUCCUCGCACGCCGAGGAGCCGGCGGGGGGCCCGGGCCCGGAGGCGGGCGCUUUGCCCAGGGUACUGAUGGGGCCCAGCUGGGAGAAGGCGCCCGAGGAGGAGCCGCCGGCCCGCUCCCCGCUGCACGGGGCGCUCACCGAGGAGUCGCUGCCCUCCUCGGCCUCGCCGCCCGGGGACGCCCCCGCCGCCCCGGGGCCGCCGCGCGGCCUGGGCUGCUCGCGCCUGCGGGAGGAGCGCCGGGAGAGCUGGAGGACUAACAUCCACCACCUGCUCGACCUGGAGGAGCAGUGGGACCAGCUGUACCACCAGGAGCUGGCCAUGUGGCAGGAGGAGCGGGCCACGCAGCGCGAGGAGCGGGCCCGCGACCGCGAGCUCCAGUUCCGCCUGCUCGGCGUCCUCACGGACAUCCGCGACGAGCUGCGCUACCUGCGCCAGGAACGCGCCAGCGCCCGGCAGAGCCAGGCGCCGCCCGCCGAGCCCCGGGCCCAGCCCGACCCCCUCCUCGAGCAGCCCAAGGCCGAGCCCGGCUUCCCCGAGCCGCCCGCCGCCGCCGCCGCCGCCGCCUGGGCCGACCCGGCCGUGCCCAGCAGGAGCCCCUUCGGCAACCGGGGCCGGGGCCGGCGCCGCGGCCGGCCGCGCGGCUCUGCCUCCAAACACAGACGGCUCUUCCUCGCCAACAGCUAGGGGCGGGCGGGGACGCUGUCCCGCGAAGGACGUGGUGUACGUACAGCCCUCCCGGCGCCCGCCCACCGGCUCCGGGUGUGCGGCGGGCGCCGGACGGACGGGUGUGCGUGGGUGUGCGCGGUGGCGGUGGUGCAUCCCGGGCCGGCGCGGCGAGGAGCCCGGCGCACGCCGGGGCGCGGGGAGCAGGCGGCGGUAGCGGCGGCGCGCGGGGGGCAAGCAAGCGCCCGGGCGGCUCGGCCCCCGCGGGCGGGCGCGCGCGGGGAGGCGUGUGCAUGUGCGUGUGUCCGCGGGGCCGUGUGACAGCGCUAGUCGAGUAGGAUUACUACCUUUCGGGGGGUGGGGAGUUAGGAACACUUAGUCGCUGAUGUGCGAACAUUUUAUGCAAAUCAUUUAAUGACCUAAUUUGCAUAUAACCAUAAACUGUUUAAGAAAAAAAAGUGCAAAAGAAAAAAAACCCCAAAAAACGGAAACGCGA